CACCAUCUUCCCAGUCUGAUAUUCAAAGAGGCCAGAGGCAGCACCAUGGUAGACUGAGCUGAGGUGCUCAGUGCACCCAUUGUCUUGGGAUGGUUUAAGCUCUCACCUUUGGCCACUUUACUCAGAGAAAGGGAGGAUUCUUGAUAAAGAGGUGUAGCACUUCAAGGCAGAAAUCCCUUUGACUGUAACAGCACACCAACGAGUAUACAACAAGCAGCUUAUUGUGGAAAACAUAUAUAAAAGCAAAGCAGUAAAAGUAGUAUAAAGUAUAAUCCAAAAGUUAGUCCAUAAGAAUGUCUUAAAUGUUCAGUGAGAAUCCAUCAUCAAUUUUGUAAAAACUUCCAUGGAACAAGAUAGGCAAAAACAAGAAACAAAGCAAAACAAAUCCAUAAGCAUGACUAGGCAUGGAUAAAGUAAUUCAAAAAGCACACAUUAAAUGCCAAGUGACAACUGGAACCAGAAAAUAUCCAUGAAAACACAGAGCACUGAAAAGCAGGAACCUUGGAGGUUAAGCGAAAAUUGCCUGACUUGAAAACAAAAGCUGAAUGAGUCAAUAAAAGGCUCUUAAUCCCUAAUCGUGAGAAAUGCAUUUCUUUUGCCCUUGAAGAAAGCUAUCUCAUUACAAUUAUCUCUUUUCUGUUGUAAACAAGCAGAUCGCCUGAGUCUUUUGCAGACUUCCAUAUCUUUCUUGUAAAACUGCCUUCAAUUCAAGGUUAAGUUCUCACUAACACCUAAAGCAUCUACCUUCUGUUUCGUUGACUAUUCUAAAGCCUUCGACUGUGUGGACCAUAACAAACUGUGGCAUGUGCUUGGUGAUAUGGGGAUACCAAGUCACCUUGUCUGUAUCCUAAGAAAUCUGUAUAAAGACCAAGUAGCUACAGUAAGAACAGACCACGGAACAACAGCCUGGUUCAAGAUUGGGAAAGGAGUACGUCAGGGCUGUAUACUAUCGCCCUAUCUAUUCAACUUGUACACAGAACACAUCGUGCGACGUGCGAGGCUUGACAAAUCCAAGGCUGGAGUUAAAAUUUCUGGAAGAAACAUUAACAAUCUUAGGUAUGCAGAUGAUACCAUUCUGAUGGUUGAAAGUGAGGAGGAACUGAGGAGCCUUAUCACCAAGGUAAAAGAAGAAAGUGCAAAAGCCGGGCUGCAGUUAAACAUCAAGAAAACCAAGAUCAUGGCAACCAGACCAAUUGACAACUGCCAAAUAGAGAGAGAAAAUGUGGAGGCAGUGACAGACUUUAUAUUUCUAGGUGCGAAGAUCACUGCAGAUGCAGACUGCAACCAGGAAAUCAGAAGACGUCUAUUUCUUGGGAGGAGAGCAAUGGCCAACCUCGAUAAAAUACUGAAAAGCAGAGACAUCACACUGGCAACAAAGGUCCGCAUAGUGAAAUCAAUGGUAUUCCCCAUAGUAACCUAUGGCUGCGAGAGCUAGACCAUGAGGAAGGCUGAGCGAAGGAAGAUAGACGCUUUUGAACUUUGGUGCCGGAGGAAAAUCCUGAGAGUGCCUUGGACUGCAAGAAGAUCCAACCAGUCCAUCCUCCAGGAAAUAAUGCCCGACUGCUCACUGGAGGGAAGGAUACUAGAGGCAAAGCUGAAGUAUUUUGGCCACAUCAUGAGAAGACAGGAAAGCUUGGAGGAGAUCAUGAUGCUGGGGAAAAUGGAAGGAAAAAGGAAGAGAGGCCAACCAAGGGCGAGAUGGAUGGACGGUAUCCUUGAAAUGGCUGGCUCAACCUUGAAGGAGCUGGGGGCAGCGACGGCCGACAGGGAGCUCUGGCGUGGACUGGUCCAUGAGGUCACGAAGAGUCGAAAACGACUGAACGAUUAAAGAACACCUAAAUCAACAGCAUCUAAGUCACUAUCAGAAUUCGAUGAAAGGUCUUCCUUUCCUGGCCUCUCAUCUGAACAUUGGCCAUCUUCUAGCUGUUUAGGCCCCUCAACUAAAGACUCAUUCCCUUCAUGAACUUCAGGUUCAGACAUUACAGUGGGCACAACAAGCUGACAUACAACAAGAGGUAAGACACAAUACUUACUUUGGCCUGUGGAUAAAUCAAGUUUUGAGAGCUGUUUUGUUUUUGUUUUGGAAAAAAAUUCUGGACAUAUACGCAAGUAUUUACAGUAAGUUUUUAAAGGUGUUAAAUAUGUAUGCCAUCUGAUCCUAGUGAAUUGCACAUUUUAUCCUCUUGGUUCAAACAGUCUUUUGUUGCUUGAUUCUUCACCCAUCAUAUCUCAAAAAGGAGGUUUACAGACUUUGCUACAGUGAAGAUUAACACAUGGAAUCCAGUUACUGUGCACUUUUCCUCUCCUUUAACAAAUAUUUCACACAUUCAUCAGUUUAACAUUGGCUGGUUUCUUCUUUGUUUCAUUUGUUCAAAUACCAUAUUUUUACCAGUAUGGUCACCAAUUAUUUUGUUUAUUUACUACAGUUACUUGUCUUCUGAACUUACACUAGUUUUGCCAUAACUCCUACUUUUUAUCUUCUACACAUUUUUAAACAUUGUCCCUUGGACAUGUUUCCAUUCCUAAUUUGGCAUGCCCUCUCAGUCUCCUUUAAUAAACUAAUAAAUAAUAUCUGGUUUCUUGAGGAUACGAGACUCAUUUGACUCUUCCUUUCCCAGUUGCAGUGGAACUUUUCAAAAUUCACAUGUGCUGUUAUGGGCCCUGUCUCCCAUCAGUUCGAUAGCAAAUCUAGUCUGCACAGCCCUCUAGUCAGUUUUGCCAUGAACAAAUCUGUGAAACAGUCAUUUAACAUAUCUAGACAUGCUCCUCCUUUCUUACCCAUGACCAAGCGGUUAGCCAAGUAACAUGAAGGCAGCUGAAGUUACCCAUUGUUACAACACCUGUCAUUGUCAUAGUUUCUAUAUUCGCAGCACUCAGAUUUCUAGAGCAAAUGAACACUUUUGACUUCUGACUGCAAACUAAACUUCAGGAGAGCAGAACAUCAUGGCUCCCCCCGAACCCCUCCUCUGCAUGGGGGCCUGAGUCCUGCUGAUGCCUACCACAGAGAUGCAAGACCUCCGUCGGUCCUACACCCGGCUGUGCAAAGAGAGUGGCGGGGAGCCACAGGAGAGCAUCCUGCAUCACCUGGAGCAAGCGGUGAGCAGGAGCCGCUUGGACUUUGCCACACAGAGCCUUUCGGUUGACUCCUGUGGCGCCCUGGGCAAGCUCUUGCAGGACGAGCUCCAGUUCACGGAGAUAGCCUUGAGCGACUGCAUGCUGAGCGAAGAAGGAGCUAAGCUGUUACUCCAUGGCCUUUGUGCUAACACUGUUGUGAAAUCUUUGGAUCUGAAGGGAAACAACCUUCGAGCUGUAGGAGCAGAGACUCUGGGGAAACUGCUCCGGCAAAACAAGUCUAUCAAAAGUCUCACUUUGGAGUGGAACAACCUGGGUAUAUGGGAAGAAAGCUUUGCUGUGUUCUGCGAAGGCCUGGCAGCCAAUGGUCACCUCCAGCGCUUGGAUGUGCGCAAUAACCAGAUCAACCACCAGGGGGCAGGAGAGCUGGCCAUGGCUCUGAAAAGCAAUUCCACCCUGCAAGACCUGGAUCUACGUUGGAAUAACAUUGGACUACUGGGAGGCCGGGCACUCUUGAAUUGCCUGCAUAGCAACCGGGCACUACGACAACUGGAAUUGGCCGGGAACAAUGUACCCAGUGACAUCCUCAAGGCUGUGGAUCAAGCCAUGGAUCAUAACCAAGAACGUCAGACUAUCCUCUACAAGAGUCGUAACAUGACACAAGUGCUGAGCAAAGAGGUGUUGAGCUUGAAGGAAGAGAAAGCAAAACAGUUCCUGGGUCUGAUGGAUACUAUUGACAAACAGAGAGAGGAGAUAACUCGCAGCAACAGGGUAUCAGCAGCACGAGUUGGGCAGCUACAGGAGGCCCUGAAUGAGCGACAUUCUGUGAUGAACUCUUUAAAUGCAAAGCUCCAGAUGACAGAGGCGGCUUUGGCUCUGUCAGAGCAGAAGGUGUGCAACCUCGGAGAGCUGCUGAGCACAGCCAAGCAGGAGCAGGCGGAGCUGGUGGAGAAGCAUGCCAAGGAGUUACAGCAACACAAGAAGGAUUCUGCUGAUCGAGAGGCAAAACUUCAGCAUGAACUUUCAACAGCCAGUGAGAAAAACCUCCUGCUCAGGAAUGAGGUAACUGAGCUGGAAAGAAGGUGCAAAACACAGCAGGAGCAGCUGUUCCAGGUAAAGGAAGACCUGACCCACACAACAGCAGAAAUUAAACUUCGGGCUGUACAGGCUGAAGAGCGCUUGGAGAUGGAGAAGAGGAGGUUCAAGCAGGUCCUUGAGGAUGCAGAGGCUCUUCGGUUGAAGGAGGUGGACCAUAUGACACACCAUAUGGAGGCAAGUGAGCAUGCCCUGCAAGAACGAAUCCAGCGGCUGGAGGCCACUCGUAUAGGGCUAGAGGAGGAAUUGAGCCGAGUGAAAGCAAGUGCCCUUGUAGAGCGGGGCCAAGUUGAGGAAGAGCUCAUCAAAGCCAAGAACCAAGCCAGAUUGGAAGAGCAACAGCGUUUGGACCAUCUGGAGGAGAAGCUUAGGCUGAUGAUGCAGUCCCGCGAUGAGGCUCAGAAUUACUGUUUGCAGCAGAAACAAGCCAUGUCUGAGGCUCAUGCAAAGGAAAGCCAGCUCAGCCUGCAGGUGGAAGGACUCAGAAGGCGGGUGGAAGAGCUUCAGCAGGAGCUGAUCAGCAAAGAACAGGAGAAAGUAACAGAGGUCAACAAAGUGCGAGUGGAGCUGCAGGAGCAGAUUGGGCACCUGGAGACCGAGAGGACAGCACAGGAAGGGAUGCGAGAGAAGAUUGCAGCCCUAGAGCGACAGAUGAAAGUGCUGUCCAGUAACCACCGGGAGGCGCUGCUGGACAAAGCGGGUGAAAUCUCAAGCCUGCAGGAGAAGCUGCGGGUUCGGGAAGCAGAGAUCUCAAGAAUGAGGGAGGAGGAAGCCCAGCGAGCCAGCUUUCUUCAGAACGCCAUUAUGGCCUAUGUACAGGGUCCCCCCCUGGGCAUGGCGGGCCCCAAACACUGAGCAGGAAUCAUGAGAAAUCUUAAGGAAUGGAAUCACAGAAUGCUAAUUGUAUCCAGGCUGCGGGGCCAUGUGAGAUUCAUGGAUUCUGGUUCCCUUUUGACUCUGGGAGAUCACGCAAGGCAGACUCAACUGUCAGCUACUUGGGGCUGUGCCUGAGACAUCACUAAAGGAGGCCCAGCUACUUUAAAAACCAAUUCACUGUUGUACGCCAAAGCCUAAUCUUGUUUAAACCUGCAAACCACGUUGCAAGCCCACAGGAGUAAAGCCAUCCCUUAAUUUUUGAGUCCAAAAAAAUCCUGUUUGCCUAAGCCAUGAAGAUAAUGUUCACCUGACUUGCUCAGAUUUGACUGUGUUGAGGGGAAAAAGAAUUCAGUCUGCUCAGCGCUCUCAUUGUCUCAACAACAAUUGUAUGAGUUGGCUUCUCAGAUGAUGUCAGUACUUCUCAUGCCAGCCAUCCUGUUCCAGAGGGACUGUGUAAGAUGACGUAUGAAAUAAGUGCCCUGCUCCCAACAUGUAAUUACAAAGGCAACUGUGAGCCUCCAAGUGUUUUUGGCUAACAUCUUCCAUCAGCCCUAUCCAGAAUGGCUAUGGGAAUCACAAUCCAAAAGCAGAUUUUGGAGGGCUAGCAGUUGGGCUACCUCUAUUAUAAAAGGACGAGGUUGCAAGGAGGAUCUGCUUGAUAUAUCAUGACCCUAAGCUACCAGCCCUUUUAGCAGAAUAAGCCAUUUGUCUUCCAUCCCUGGGAACAGCACUAUUGCUAAAGCUUACUGAAAGGUGUCUUUAUCAUGAGCAUGCCUCUGCCAUCAGUGCAUUACCUCUUUGGCCUAAAAGCAGUUUCAGAUUAAGAGUCCCAGUAGGUGCUUAGGCCUAAUUCAUCCAUGGAGCCUUCUCAGUCUUGGUAAAGAAAACAGUCACUGUACUUCCUCUCAUUGACAACAGAUUUUAGUUGGUAUGAUGAGAGAACAGCACUGUGCCCUAAGAGCUAGAUUAAUUUACAAACUGCCCUGAUUUUGCUGCCCUCUCCCUAGAAGCAAGAAAAUAACAAGCAUUAAGAAUUGAUUUCUUAACUCCAGCUUUGAAACCGGUAUGAAAAAUGGUUUGCACUUUGCCUAAGUUCAAUGAUUAACUAGUGUUUAUUCUUUGGGAGUAUAUUUAUGUGCACAAGUAUAAAUAUGAAAUGUUUAGUUAUAUUUGAUCCAGCAGUAUAUAAAAUGUCUAAUCUCUUCUAUUUAAAUUAAGAAAAUGAAACAUUGUGUGGCUAUCUAUUGUAUUGCCCAAAUCUCCAUUUCUUAAUUUGGAGGAGGCAAAGCCCUGCUUCUAAGCAAUGGAUCACUGGUUUCCUCAAACAAUAGGGUGGGUGUACUCUAGUAUGAUUAAAUACAGAUCUGAGUGAUAA